GUCAACGUUCUUCCCAGCUCCAGUGCAGCAUAGACGUGAUAUUUCAAGAAUCUUAAUUGUGUGGCUGAGAGGGAGACAAGAAAUAACACCAUCCGAGGUGUUCAAGGCUGAACACAGCGAUGGAGUGAUCCUUGCAGCUCGGAGCAGCAAGCAAUGAGCCAAGAGUCGUCCGCCCGCCGCCAGGAUGUGAGAUUGAUGGCGUGACAAGAAAAAGACGGUCAUCAUGUUCUACCACUGCAGUCCAAAUUGUUCCUAAAGAGUCACACGGUAGAUUGCCUGUGUGCCAAGCGCCUCGGUAUGAUUAUCCUUCCCCGUUUGCCUAAGAAUUCCAUACCGGUGAAAGCGAUUCUAACCAUCUUCCGCCAUCUGAGCACACUCUCCGACAGUUGACUUCGUCAGAUCUCAACAAGAUCUUAAAACCUUCUCCAAACGGCACCCGUGACCCCUUUAGGAUUAUGGGGCCAAUGUUGAUGCUUCUACAAUCACAGUGUCUCCUGGUUGUCAGUGUGUGCGUGCUCGGAGCGCUGGGGUCGUUGCCUCAAGCGCUGCCAUGGCACGUACCCUGCCCAGGGCGGUGUGUGUGUCACAUCAAGCCGUGGUUCUCGCCAGACUCGGUUUACCACGAAGCUCCCACCGUGGACUGUAAUGACCUUCUGCUGACUGGGCUCCCGUGGCCUCUGCCCUUUGACACACACACCUUGCACCUGCAGGGGAACAAUAUGUCUGAAAUGGAGGUGGCUAUGCUUCACGGGCUCCCCAACCUCACUGAUCUUGACCUUUCACAGAAUCACUUCAGCUAUGUCAGGGCUAUUACGCAAAACCUGUCUCUGCCCUCUCUGCUGUCUUUACACCUGGAGGAAAACCAUCUCAGUCACCUCCCAGAGGCCUCUUUCUCCUCACUGCUGGCUUUACAGGAGCUCUUUCUCAGCCAUAACAACUUAUGUUCUAUCGCACCCAGAGCCUUCACUGGCCUGAACUCUCUCUUGCGUCUGCACAUUAACAACAAUAGACUCACCACCAUUGAUCCAAGGUGGUUUGAGGCUUUGCAGAACCUACAAGUUCUCAUGCUUGGAGGAAACCCAGUAGAGACCUUGCCUGAGCAGGGUUUCCUAGCCUUGAAAUCCCUCCGCAGUCUUGUUCUUGGUGGUAUGGGCUUGAGAGGUUUAGCUGACAAUGCUCUAGAUGGGUUGGAGGAUCUGGAGAGUCUCUCCUUCUACGAUAAUCAACUGAUCAAGGUGCCCACUCGGGCUCUGCAGAGAGUGAAAGGACUCAAGUUUCUUGAUCUUAACAAGAACCGAAUCAAACUGAUCAACACGGGAGACUUCCGAGAUAUGGUCCACCUAAAGGAGCUCGGCCUCAACAACAUGGAGGAGCUGCUGUCCAUUGAGAGAGCGGCGUUAGAGAACCUCCCAGAGCUGACCAAACUGGAGAUCACCAACAACCCCCGACUGUCCUUCAUUCACCCGCAGGCGUUUGCGCAGCUGAGCAGGCUUGAGAGUCUCAUGCUCAACUCAAACUAUCUCAGUGCUCUGCAUCGUCACACCAUGAGCUCCCUGCCCAGACUCCAGGAGGUCAGCCUGCACUCCAACCCACUCCGUUGUGACUGUCUGUUUCACUGGGCCGCACAGGACGCCCCCCACCCUCACCGAGACGCACCGGCCAGCAACCAGCAACCAUCUCGGGUGGUGCGCUUCAUCCAACCGCAAUCGACGCUGUGCUCAGACCCACCAGACCUGAAGGCUCGUAGGGUGAGGGAGGUGUCCUCCAGGGAGAUGUCAGCCUCCUGCCUCCCAACAAUCGCCAGCGCCUCGCUGCCCUCCAGCGUGGGUGUCAGAGAAGGAGGGAAGCUUCUUUUGCACUGUAGGGCUCUCGCAGAGCCGCAGCCUCUACUUUACUGGGUGACUCCCACAGGGUUGAGACUUGGACCAGCUUCGAGCAACACAUCUGAGGGACCAACAGCUUCUUCCCUCACAGCCACCCAAGGAAUUGCAUCUGUUUCCAGGAUCUCCCCUAACCAGGCCCAAGGUGAUUUCCCCACCAAACGCUAUUGGCUCCUGCCUGAGGGAACUCUGGAAAUCAGAAAGGUCACCCCGAAAGAAGCCGGCUUGUACACCUGCAUAGCUGAGAAUACUCUGGGAGCUGAUACACGUAGUGUUACCGUGUCCGUGCAAAGACGACACAAGGCAAGGAGAAGGGUGGUGGAUCCUAACCCCAAGGGUCCUUCAUUACUCAAAGCGGGGACGAGUUUAAAGGUAAUGGAGACUGGAGAACACUAUGCUAUCAUGUCCUGGCAGAACAUGCGCAAUUUCCCAUCAACUCGUUUGUCCUGGCAAGCUAUGAGCUCCGACGCACCCGCAUACACCAUACGCAUCCUUGCCGGCACAUGCAGCUUCAACUUGACCCACCUGCAGGCAGAGACGUUUUACAGAGUGUGUUUACAUUUAGGCACCGGUGAGGGCAGCAAGCAUACCAGCAAGAGAAGCAAAACAAGCAGGAAACCUCAAUGUAUCUCAUUCCGAACAAAGCAAGUGGCAGAGCCUCGGGCCAGCCUGCAGCUCACCCCGCAGUUGACGUCCACUGCCGCGACACUUCUGAUGAUCCUUGCGCUCGUACUCAUGCUGCUGGCGGGCCAAGGAUGGGACAGUGGAAAGCACCCGAGUGCUCUUUUCCAGGAAAUCAAAAGUCAUAAAGCUCUGAUCAUCAUGCAGAAGACAGAGGGGAGCAACAAGAAACAGCCAAUGCAGAGUGACGAACUUCUGUUCCAUCACGACUGCUGAGCUCAUUAAAAUGACAAAUGCAGAAACAAAUACUAAAUGUCAUUUUCUGAAAAGUCACAGUGAUGUAGGAAAGAUUUGUAUUUAUUUUAUAUAAAGUAUAUAUGUACAGUAUCAAUGACAUUGUUUUGGUGUUGAGACACAUUGUAAAGAAUUCCUUAACCCAAACCAGAUGGAUUUAAACGGGGCCAUGGCACUCACGCAGCGCACAGCGAGUGCAUAAAUCCAAUAUAAAGGACUGCUUUUGGCUGCUGGGCUGAAAAUAAAGAACACUUGAAUUCAGUCCAGGGACAUGUGUUACAUUUCCCAUCUAAAUGUCUCACAGACUGAACCAUACUGUAACCAAGCAGACGGAACACUGUCUGAUAACUGAUCCAAAAAGAAAAAGUGACUGCUUGUUUUGUUCUUGUAUGUCAAAGUGAUUGAUGCUUAGCGCUCAGUAUCUUGGACUACUGUUCUUAUACAGCUUUCCUCGCCUAACAUCUGAUAUCUUCAUUCAGCAUUAAUGAUUC